CCCCUUAUGGAGGGCAUUGCAGGCGCCCAUAUCGCUGCCCAAUGCGGCCAUACCUUACAUCCAUCCGACGCAAUGAUAGGAGGCUACUGCCCAGUCUGUGAUGUGCGCAUCUGUCUUGAGUUUCUCGAUGUCAUCGCAAAAGCUUUCCAGAAAGAAGGGGGGCCAUGGCCUGCUCGACUCGGCGACAGAAGACCCGUGUCCUAUUUCACUCUACGUCAAGGGUGGCACAUGGCGCGUCUCCAACUCGAGAUAACAGUGACCAAACUCGAAGCAGCAGUCGAUCAUGAAACGGCAUGGGAGGCGCAGAACCCCCUCGAAGCUGACGCGAUACAGGACGUCAACUCUGCGAGGAAAGCAGUCCAACUAGCCAUCACAGAGCACAGAUACCCAGCAUCCAUCACCAGCCACCCAGCACCCGCCAUAGAGCCAACACCGUUCUCGAGCAGAAAACACGUCUCCUUCACCCCUGACACAAACUUCCACCGCAGCCGCCC